AUGGUCAAAAACAUCCCAUUUAAAACCGUCAAGAAGACGCUUUGUCAAAACAGCACUGUGAGGACGGGCGUUGUCAUGAAUGAGCACUACCUCCCGGUAGAGGGUUGUCAACAUAGGAGGGGUGAAGAAAUAAAGUUGCAGCUAUGGGACACUGCCGGUCAAGAGCGCUUUCGCAAAUCCAUGGUCCACCAUUACUACAGGAAUGCUCAUGCUGUGGUCAUCGUUUAUGAUGUCACCAAACUAUCUACUUUUCAGAGUCUGCCAUUGUGGCUGGAGGAGUGUGAGAAGCACAACUUGACCAAUCAGGUGCCAAGGAUCCUGGUAGGCAACAAGUGCGACUGUAGGGAGUCUGUCGCCGUCAACACCAAUCUGGCUCAGCGCAUUGCCGACGCUCACAACAUGCCGUUGUUUGAAACAUCCGCCAUGUCCGAAAGCGAGGGAGGAACGAUUGAGGCGAUAUUUCUGACCCUGGCCCACAAACUGAUCAGACAGAGGCCGAUGAUGCCUGUUCCGAUGAUGGCAUCUCUCGAAUUGAAUGAGAACCUCCACAGGGCAAAUGUUAUCUCCAUCACCAGAUCUCCCAAGCAAGCGGAUGAAGUAUCUGAGGCACCGUGCGGCUGCUAGUAUUUGUUAUAAACUGUGAUAAAUUAUGACAAUAUUGUCAAGAGGUUUUUAAUACUUAAGUCUAAGUCUUGUUACUUUGCUCACUACUAGUUUUUAGUUACCGUAAUUGUGAAAGUGACGGUAGGUUUGCUAUUGGAAUAGGUUUAAAUCGUUUUAUAAAACGAACAACAAUUUUUAAACUGUUAUACUUUUGUAUAAGCUUUUUAUUUGUAAAAUUUGUGUACCUUUUCUUUGUUUAUUGAAGUAUAUGGGAGACAUUACAACCACAAGCCAUUCUCUCUCUCUCUUUGAACCUGAUAAGAUGCUUGUUUUAUGCACGAUUAUCUAAAAACCAAAUUUUUGCCAUAAAUAUAUCGUAACACAUUAGGUCAGUCUAUAUUCACAUAUCCUAUGAAUGAAAAUGUUUUACUGUUAAACAUUUGUACAUAAAAGCUUAAAUUUUAUCGUUUUUAUAAGACUGUUAAUUUAUUUUUAAUUAAUUAUCUAGUAACUGAAUAUUUGUUUAGUAAUCAUAAAGUGUAUUUGGAAUGGAAUAAUAUUUUGGACAAAUGUUAAAAUAAUGCUGUUUUAUCUGUAAGUUUAUAAAAAAUAUCUCAGUCUACUUCUUUUAUGGCAGAUUCUUAUCGCGCAAUGUUUAAUUUUAUGUAUACAUGUGUUAUGUUUUAUAUUAUGUAUACUUUCUUUGGUGAAAAUUUGUCUGCAAUUCAUAGUUUAGUUAUACUCGAUCUUUAGUACUCAGUUCAAAGAAUAAUUAUUUUAAUUACAAAUCAUCUUGUACCUGAACUCCUUUUGCUAGUUUAAAUUAUUAUGUAACUAUAUAAUUUAUAAUAUACUUAAUUUGUGUCUUCUGUGA